CGCUGAAAAGCAAAAAUGUCGGCAAGCGUUACAUCCUAGUGUUUUCAGAUGCUGUAUUUCAGCUCCUAAUGAAACCUUAUUUUAUGAAAUGACAAAAGAAUGCGAUUCCUUACCAAAAGACCCUGUAUCCUGCGACCACGAAAUGUGUGUAGCGAAAAAAACUGGUUUCAUUACCGCGGAUGGGGACAUUGAUAAAGAUAAAGCAAUUGAAACGUUAGAGAAAUCUCAUGCAGGUGAACCUGCGAUGAUAAAUGCGAUUAAAACGAAAUGCUUCGACGGGGACAUUUCAACUUAUGGACCACCAGAUUUCUGCGACUUAAUCAAGUUCAAAAUGUGCUAUAAGACGCAAGUGUUCUCAAAUUGUCGGGAGUGGAAUAACUCUGGCGACUGCAAGGGAGUAAAGGAAUUGUCUGAGGAAUGUAAUAAAAUAUUUUCGUAAAAAUUCUUUGCCGUUGGAAAAGAGGCCGCGAAUGAAGGAAAAACGUUGAAAUUUUCUAAUUAAAUUAAACUUGAGCAUUAUGUUGGGUUUUAUUUUGGAUGUUUUAAGUAGGUUAAGGAAUGAUGGAUCGUUAAUCGUUACUUGUUUAGCGCCUAUUUCUAGAUUGAGACAUUCAAAUUAUGAACAAUUUCAAAAAGAGUGUUAAAGUAGAAUACCUUAUUACCCUGUGCUUAAUGACAUUUCACUUUAACAAUUGCGAUGGGCCUGCUUUAAAGGCCCAUGUGUGAUAUUAUUUCUAACUAUUAGUGUUGUUCUCAAUCUAUACAAAUGAAAACCAUGUUAUUUGUUUUAAGUUAUGUAAACACCAAA